CCUCCCUUCAAUCACACUAACAACCAAUGCCACGUCAUCUACAGACAACAGUGGGCCAUUGACCACGAUGACAGACAUGACCUCCACCUACACAGCCUCCAGCAAUCCAGCAACCCUCACCAAGACCAUUGGCUCGUCCCCCAUUGUCCAGAACACCCAAACAACACCACUGACUAGUACCACCCUGACCACCAAUCCCAGGGCCACCAUGAGUCGUGGAAGCUCCCCAACAGGUUCCCUAGCCACAGGGACUCCAGCCACAUCGGCAACCUCCCCAUCCAUGACAGCCAUCACCUCUCCGGCCAUGACCAGCAACGUGUUCACGUCCCCCACAAGUAUGAUCCUGUCUCCUACCUCUGUCCCAAGCACAGACCCUGUCAUUACUACUACCACCGAUAACUCCACAUCAUUGACCUUGCUCACCACAGUAUAUGUGACAGAAGCCAUGUCUACAGGGACAUCAGAGAUGUCCUCAGCCAGUUCUCCCUCUAGUGGUGUCACACAUUCCAUAUCUGUUGACACCUCUCCUUCCACCAUGACACACACACAGACUAGUGCUACUUCCCUCACUCCCACCUGGGCCUCUGUGUCCACCUUAGACACCUCCAAGAAUGCUCCCUCAAUGCAGGUGACUGUGGCCACCAUGACCACCUCUGAUGGCACACACAGCUUCACCACUUCAAGUGGUUACCCCACUCAUACCACAUCCCCAACUGCCCUCUCCUCCCCUCCAAGCACCUCGGGUACCACAGAGACAUCCACAACGAGACUCACACAUUCCUCCAGUCCAGGCCUCCCUUCAAUCACACUGACAACCAAUACCACCUCAUCUACGGACAACACUGGGCCAUUGACCACGAUGACAGAGAUGACCUCCACCUCUACAGCUUCCAGCAAUCCAGCAACCCUCACCAACACCAUUGGCUCGUCCCCCACUGUCCAGAGCACGGAGACAACACCACUGACUAGCACCACCCUGACUGCCACUCCCAGGGCCACCAUGAGUCCUGGAAGCUCCCCAACAGGCUCCCUGGCCACAGGGACUCCAGCCACAUCUGCAUCCUCCCCAUCCAUGACAGCCAUCACCUCUCCUGCCAUGACCAGCAACAUGUUCAUGUCCCCCACAAGUAGGAUCCUGUCUCCUACCUCUGUCCCAAGCACAGAGCCUGUCACUACUACUACCACCCAUAAGACCACAUCAUCUACCUUGGUCACCACAGUAUAUAUGACAGAAGCCAUGUCUACAGGGACAUCAGAGAUGUCCUCAGCCAGUUCUCCCUCUAGUAUUGUCACACAUUCCACAUCUGAUGUCACCUCUCCUUCAACCAUGACACACACACAGACCAGUACCCUUUCCCUCACUCCCACCUGGCCCUCUGUGUCCACCUCAGAAACCUCCAAGACUGCUCCCACUAUGGAGGUGACUGUGGCCACCAUGACCACCUCUCACAGCACAUACAGCGUCACCACUUCCAAUGUCUACCCCACACAUAGCACAUCCCCAACUGCCACCUCCACACCCCCUAGGACCUCAGAGAACACAGAGACAUUCACAUCAAGGCUCACACCUUCCUCCAGUCCAGGCCUCCCUACGGUCACAGUGACAACCAAUGUCACCUCAUCUAUGGACAACACUGGGCCAUUGACCACGAUGACAGACAUGACCUCCACCUACACAGCCUCCAGCAAUCCAGCAACCCUCACCAACACCAUUGGCUUGUCCCCCACUGUCCAGAGCACCCAAACAACACCAAUGACUAGCACCACCCUGACCGCCAUGAGUCCUGGAAGCUCCCCAACAGAUUCCCUGGCCACAGGGACUCUAGCCACAUCAGCAACCUCCCCAUCCAUGGCAGCCAGCAGCGCCAGCACCACACAUACUGGCAGUGUCUCCUCAGCUCCAACCACCCCCCCUUCACUUCAAACGACAACCAUAUCCACCCUGACACCACCCACUGACGCCACAUUCACACCAACCUCAUCUCCAGGACCACCUCCCACCACUGCACCAGUGACCAGAACAACUCAGGACCCCUUCACCACCCUCAGGGCCUCAUCCCCUGCAGAAUCCACACUGGCUCCUACCACACACAUUCCCACAGGAUCUCACAUGACAGAAGUCAUUACUACUCCCCCGAUCACUCCUUCAAUCCACCUCACAAAUACACUCACUGUGGCCACUUCCAACACUUCUCCUGCAUUGACCAGCAACGAGAUCACAUCCCCCACGAGUAGUACAAUCCUCUCUUCUACCCCUGUCCCAAGCACAGACCCAGUCACUACUACUACCACCCAUAACAUCCCAUCAUCCACCUUGAUCACCACAGUACCUACGACAGAUGCCAGGUCUACAGGGACAUCAGAGAUGUCCUCAGCCAAUUCUCCCUCUAGUGGUGUCACACAUUCCACAUCUGAUGUCACCUCUCCUUCCACCGUGACACUCACACAGACCAGUACUGCUUUGUUCACACCC